CUACAUGUGUUUAAUCGCCUUUUUAGUGGUUCGCAUUUGGGGAAGAUCCAGCCAUCUUUUUAGAGUACACAGUGUUUGUUUUGUAGUUUUUGAUCAAAAUUUCACUCGUAAUUAAAUGUCAGAACCACAGUCAGCGCUUCUAUUAAGAAAACAACUCGCAGAACUGAACAAGAAUCCCGUCGAGGGCUUCUCAGCUGGAUUAAUCGAUGAUAACGACAUUUACAGAUGGGAGGUGCUGAUCAUCGGUCCACCGGACACGCUUUACGAGGGGGGCUUUUUCAAAUGCCAUCUACACUUUCCAAAGGAAUACCCCCUUAGGCCGCCGAAAAUGAAAUUCGUCACCGAGAUCUGGCACCCGAACAUCGACAAAAACGGAGACGUAUGUAUAUCAAUCUUACACGAGCCGGGCGACGACAAGUUCGGCUACGAGAAGGCGGAGGAACGAUGGCUUCCCGUUCAUACUGUAGAAACAAUUUUAAUAUCAGUUAUUUCAAUGUUGGCCGAUCCCAACGACGAAUCGCCGGCGAACGUCGAUGCUGCUAAAGAGUGGAGAGAAGCUUAUACAGAGUUUAAAAGAAAGGUCGCCCGCUGUGUCCGAAAAUCGCAGGAGGAGUGUUAAUAGACUGUAUAAUAAUAAAUAAUACGAAAAUUACUGGUGAUUUGAUUUCCACUGUUUCAAAAUUAGUUGUGGCUCUUUUUGUGUUAAACAAAUUUGAACAAUAUUCGUAGACGAUGUAAGUUUUUGUUAUAUUUGAUCUCGGUCCAGGAGAUGACGCUUUCAGUACACUUAAUUUUGUAACUUUGUGGAAUCUUAUUGCGUGUGAAGAUCUAACGUAAGAAUAUGUCAAAUGUUUUUGUACUUUCCAUAAUUUUUCCUUUUGUAUUUCUCUUCACUUAGCGUAAAAGAAUUGUUAUUAUAUAAUUAUGUAAUCCAUCCUUCAAAUUGUAAAUUUCAGUAACGAUUCUGUAGGUAACGAUUAUUUAAGUAAAUUUUAUUAUAAAAGUC